GCCCUCCCGUUUGAUGGAUGGAACAGAAGCUGCAGAAGGGGAAGGAAUAGGACCGAGGAGCUUGCCGCGCUGGGCAUUAAUUCGGCCCACCGGAAGGGCCCCGCGGCCAAGAAGGACUCCAAGGUUGACAUCCUGGCCAGAAAGAAGAAGUUGGAGAAGAUGCAGUCGCUGAGCAACAUCGAGAGGGGGCUCGAGCGGAAGCAGCUCGGGAAGACGGAGGCGAACCUCGCCGGCAGAGCGACGGUUGAGAAUGCUGGCGCGCUGAAGCUGGUAUCAUGUACGCCGCAGGUGCUGGCAAAGGCCAAGGACAUCGUCGGUGGCAGAAACAAGAUGAGGGGCCGCAAGAAGGCCGCGUGGUUGGGCGGGCCGCUGGAUUCUAUCCGAUGCUCUAGGCUCAAAUCAGCGGCAGAGCGCAUGCCCUUUUUCACGAUUGUGAGUCUUGCCUCCUGGGCCGCCUCGCAGUGGGGCGCGAUAGGGCCCGUGCUGGGCGCUGCUGGCCAGCGUGCGUUCGCUGCCAACCUGACGGGAGGGCGGCGGAUCUGCGUGCUCUGGAACGACGGAGAGGACUGGCAGGUGAGGGUGCUGCUCACGCCCGCGACGGCGGGCGACUUCGAAGAGGUGAUGGGCAUCACCGCCAUCGACGAUCCCGAGAUGAAGAGCAGGAUCUGGUACGCCCUCAGCCCCGACGGCGACACGUACCUUCAUCUCCUCGCAGCCCCUUCUCUGGGCGGUCUUUGCCUCGCCGAUUCGACGGACCGCUUCGACCCGACCCUCGGCGAAGGCAGGCGAUGGUCCCGGCGCUCGAGGACCUACGGGGAGGACUGGGCGCCCACGCCACUCGAGUUCAGCCGGGCCAUUCGCUUCGCCGUGAUGGGCGACUCCGACGGCUCAGCCCCCGCCCACCGCAUGACUGGGAAGAAGCCGAUGGCAGCGGGCGGGGUGAAGGCUCUGACAGUGGCGACGGACUCUUCAGCCACUCGGGGUCGACCAGCGGGUGCUGAGGUCGAGGUCGGAGCGGGCAUGCUCGAGAACCCCGCCCCGUUUGUCUGGCAGGUGAUCUGCAUGUCGGACGGCGCCCUGGGCCCGCAGACGCUGGAGGACUGCCGUGUCGACAGCUGGGCCACCAUCGGCGACGUUGGGGUCGCCAAGGUGGGGGUGCGCAUCUUCCUCUUCCGCGCGGUCGACAAGAAGACGGCCUCAGAGGGAGGGGCUAACCUGGACGCUAGAGCGAUGCCCGUGCUGGGGAUUUACUCCAGCGAGCGGAGGCGGGUCUUCCGUGACGCGGUGAAGCUGCUACAGGAGUCGCAGUAG